AUUUGGUGCUCCUGCGUUGCAAAAUAGCAUGCGUUUGUUCUUGUGCAGAUUGUGAACUCAGUCGAUCCCAAGAGUCAUCGGCGGUACAGCCUUUGUCGCGAAUGCCCACCGAUAGGAGGGAGUCUGCCGACUCCCAGAAGUGUUGGUUGACGUCCUAGUCGCUGCUUGAACAGUGUGUUACCUCGAAAAUACAACUCUUUGGCCUCUGGAGAGUUGAAGAGAUGCAUCGAGGAGGUGAAAAUGCCUCCCACUAUUUCGACAUCCAGAUCUGGGCUGCUUGUGGCUACGCUUUGCGCGUGCGCCCUAGUGCUCGACAGCUCUGGGCCGGUCCCCACAUGGCAGCGCGUCGCGUCUUUUAGUCACGCCAGCAAGGUAUCUGGCAGAGAAACGGGAUACGCUGGCGCUUCGGAGCUCAUGGUUCUGGCGAAUGAAGGGCAAGAUGGGGAUGGUGGCAGAGCUACACACGCCGACAGUGGCGCGCCCAUGUCCGCGAUAGCGCGCCAGGCAAUUGCCGGGGUGAAGGCGGGGGAGUCCGUAGAAAGCUUUGCAUCGGCAGGUGAAAGGGGAGAACAUAUGAACGCUGUUUUGCCGAGACACGGGGGCCCUGCUAGUCAAGGGAAACGCAAGCCGUUCGCCAUGUCAACGCAGCGCAAGCGGGCAAAGAUCCGGUAUCUUCUGGGUGCGGUCCUCGUUUCUGCCCUCGCGGUAGCAGGAAUCAUGGGCGCUUUGACGCUGAGAGGCAAAGUCUCCUCGCAGAAAGUGGCGGCCGACGAGGAAGCUAUGAAUUUGAUCGAGGCUGAAAUCGCUAGGCAGAAGGAGCGGGAAGCCAAACUGCGUCGCAGGCUUGCUGCGGUCGUGGCCUCAAUGCUGGUAGCAGCGAGCCUCUACGGCUUGAACUCGUUCCUCCACGGUUCUGACAAGGAGAUUUCUUCGAUGCCAUCCUCUAUCGACAAAAAACCAGAUUCCCCCUUUGCCGCACAGCUGGGCACCUCGCUCGAGUCAGAAAUUGGUAUACCCGAAGAAAAAGCAAUUCCUGAGGCGGCCGACAUAAGCAGUUUUAUUGAGAAUCUUUCCGCGACGGUGGCAGGCAAUUCUGUGCAAGCCCAGAGCAUCGGCUUUGUGUUGACAGUUGUUGUACUUGGUCUUGUCGCCUUCUCACUCAAGGCUGCUCGACGUUCCUCGCCAAGAGAGGAGCAGGCAUUCAGCCUGCCGGCACACCCGCCGCGCGAGGAAAAAGUCAAAAUACCUGCUGAAGCCGCCCCAGCAGCCCAAGCCCAGGCGGCUCAAAAGGCAGCUCCGCAAGUACCGACAAAGGGUGCUGAUGAGGCCGCGUCGGGAGACGAAGACAUGGAGCCAGAGGCAAAGCCGCAGGCUCCGGUGGAGGAUGUUGAUGAGGCGGCGUCGGGAGAGGAAGACCUGCUGGAGCCAGGGGCAGAGCCGCAGCGACUGGUGGCUGGUGCUGGUGAGGCCGCGUCGGGAGGGGAGGACCUGCUAGAGCCAGAGGCUGCGCCGCAGGGUCCGGUGGAGGAUGUUGUUGAGCCCCCGUCGGGAGUGGAAGACCUGCCGCAGCCAGAGGCAGCUCCGCAAGUACCGACAAAGGGUGCUGAUGAGGCCGCGUCGGGAGACGAAGACAUGGAGCCAGAGGCAAAGCCGCAGGCUCCGGUGGAGGAUGUUGUUGAGCCCCCGUUUGGAGUGGAAGACCUGCCGCAGCCAGAGGCAGAGCCGCAGGGACUGGUGGCUGGUGCUGGUGAGGCCGCGGCGGGAGGGGAGGACCUGCUAGAGCCAGAGGCUGAGCCGCAGGGACUGGUGGCUGGCGCUGGUGAGGCCGCGGCGGGAGGGGAGGACCUGCUAGAGCCAGAGGCAGAGGCGCAAGUACCGACCAAGGGUGUUGACCAGGCCGCGUCAGUAGGGGGGGACCUGCUAGAGCCAGAGGCAGAGCCGCAGGGUCCGGUGGAGGAUGUUGUUGAGCCCCCGUUUGGAGUGGAAGACCUGCCGCAGCCAGAGGCAGAGCCGCAGGGACUGGUGGCUGGUGCUGGUGAGGCCGCGGCGGGAGGGGAGGACCUGCUAGAGCCAGAGGCUGAGCCGCAGGGACUGGUGGCUGGCGCUGGUGAGGCCGCGGCGGGAGGGGAGGACCUGCUAGAGCCAGAGGCAGCGCCGCAGGGUCCGGUGGAGGAUGUUGUUGAGCCCCCGUCGGGAGAGGAAGAACUGCUGGAGCCAGAGGCAAAGCCGCAGGGUUCGGUGGAGGAUGUUGGUGAGGCAGCGUCGGGAGGGGAGGACCUGCUAGAGCCAGAGGCAGAGGCGCAAGUACCGACCAAGGGUGUUGACCAGGCCGCGUCGGGAGGGGAGGACAUCGUGGAGCCAGAGGCAGAGCCGCAGGGACUGGUGGCUGGUGCUGGUGAGGCCGCAUCGGGAGGGGAGGACCUGCUAGAGCCAGAGGCAGAGCCGCAGGGUCCGGUGGAGGAUGUUGUUGAGCCCCCGUCGGGAGUGGAAGACCUGCCGCAGCCAGAGGCAGAGGCGCAAGUACCGACCAAGGGUGUUGACCAGGCCGCGUCAGUAGGGGGGGACCUGCUAGAGCCAGAGGCAGAGCCGCAGGGUCCGGUGGAGGAUGUUGUUGAGCCCCCGUUUGGAGUGGAAGACCUGCCGCAGCCAGAGGCAGAGCCGCAGGGACUGGUGGCUGGUGCUGGUGAGGCCGCGGCGGGAGGGGAGGACCUGCUAGAGCCAGAGGCUGAGCCGCAGGGACUGGUGGCUGGCGCUGGUGAGGCCGCGGCGGGAGGGGAGGACCUGCUAGAGCCAGAGGCAGAGCCGCAGGGUCCGGUGGAGGAUGUUAAUGAGGCAGCGUCGGGAGAGGAAGACCUGCCGCAGCCAGAGGCAGAGGCGCAAGUACCGACCAAGGGUGUUGACCAGGCCGCGUCGGGAGGGGAGGACAUCGUGGAGCCAGAGGCAGAGCCGCAGGGACUGGUGGCUGGCGCUGGUGAGGCCGCGUCGGGAGGGGAGGACCUGCUAGAGCCAGAGGCAGAGCCGCAGGGUUCGGUGGAGGGUGUUGAUGAGGCGGCGUCGGUAGAGGGAGACCUGCUGGAGCCAGAGGCAGAGCCGCAGAGGCCGGUGCAGCCAGUUGUGUCGGUCGGGGACGUAUCCCCAAAGGAAACGGAAGCGCUAGAAGUUGUGUGGGAAGAUGACGAGGACGAUUUGUCUUCCUCUGAAAAGCUCCAGCGGAUCAAGGCGACCCUGUGGCAAUCGAUGUCAAUGUGCGGGACAAGAGUAGCCGCACUACGAGCUCGGACACAUAAUCUCCAACUCACGAUGAAAGCGAUAGCGGAUGCAAAUCUCGCAGUAAAAGAGACCGGCCAGACAAUGUUGCAGGGUAACCUAGAGGAAGAAUAUGAACUAGUCUCACGAGCUCUUUCAUUGGAAUACGCUUCUCUGUUGUCCUUCUCCUUCGUCCAGCGUCUUUCUCUGACAGGUUUUUACUUGGCAGACGUAGUGACUGGAUCAGAAAAGGACGGUCUUACCCCUGAACAGCGGUCUGAGAUUCAAGAGAGUUUGGUGAAUACCGACGCUGGUCUCCAGCAGGCUCGGAGUGAGGUGCUGGAACUAGAAGAAGCCGGGGGGGAACAGAGACCAAGAGGCGCACCGUUGGGACCACGAAGUGCACUAGUACGCACUGUCGAUAUUGUGAAGCGUGAGUUAGGUACUCUAUCGCAACUGCUCCCUGGGAUUAAGGAGCAAGAAACGACAAGUGAGCAACCCACGACACAGCUGAAUAUCGGUGAGCAGCUCAAGGUAAAAGCCGUGAAUCUCAAGAAUGAGAUCACAAAGACCAAGGAGGCCGCCGCCUUGAUGGCUGAUGAGACAGGGAUGCUCGAAUCGCUUGAGGCCGGUCUGUUGGAGGCCAUAGCUUUCUUUGCCAAAGAAACCAAAAUAGCUCAGCUCGCUCUACUAGGCUUCGGAACCAGCGGCAGUGGUGAAUCUGGCAUGCUAAGGGAUCUUCAGAAUGAAGUUAAAGUUCAGCGUGACAGGCUUGCCGCCUUUGAAAGUGAACGUGAAGUUCUCAGCAAUUUACUACAAACUGUCAGAGAAGAGAAAGCCAUGUUGGACGACAAGUGUAACGACCUGGAGAAGCAAUUGGAGGAAGUAGAACUGCAGAUCAGGGGAGAAUAG